AUGGCGUCAACAUUGAAACUCACAGGUGAGGCACUGUUUAUCUGCACCGUUUUCUUGAUGUCCAGUCCUGGAUCAUGUCAAACCUCAGACGAUGUCAAGGCUCUGUUGACAAACCGCUUCCAGACAAACUCUUAUAACAAGGUCGUGCGACCAAGACUAGAUCAGACAGCCAUUUUGCCAGUCGGUAUUGAUCUGUUUCUCGCUGGUAGUAUUUCUAUCGACGAGGUGAAAGGAAAAAUGUAUUCAUCAGCAUACGUAAGCCUAUUCUGGACCGACGAACAUCUAACAUGGUCGCCUUCUAUUUACAAUGGUCUUCAUACUUUGCACGUCCCCCCUGAUACCAUUUGGAAGCCUGAUAUUAUAUUAAGAAAUGGCUUUACCAAGUUGGAGGAGUUCGGCAGUGAUUUUUUGAUGGCAAAAGUUGGUUAUGACGGAGAAGUGAUAUGGGCACCAUUUGAAACCUUCGAAACGACAUGCGAUGUUGAAAUUUCCAGUUUUCCGUUUGAUAUCCAGACGUGCAAUGUCACUUUUGAUGUAUUUUCAUAUAAAAUCGAUGCCGUUAUCCUUUACGUGGGAUUCAAUAGCGUCGAUCUCGAAUUGUACUCUUCUAAUGGAGAAUGGGAACUCCUAUCAGCAGCACAUACCUCAGGUGUAUCUAAUAUUGGAAGCUCUUAUGUCACAUUCUCUUUUACUCUUAAACGGCGAUCAGAAUAUUACAUCUUCACCAUUGGUAUACCAGUGAUGUUUUUAUCUCUUUUGUCAGUGUUCACAUUUGUUAUACCUCUAGAGUGCGGUGAAAAGUUAGGAUUUUGUAUGUCUGUAUACUUAACAUUUGCUGUGUUUCUGACGCUCAUUGAAUCCACACAUCCGAUUACACCAACCCAGUCUAUAUUGAACCAAUAUGUACUCUUCCUUGUUGCAUUUGGAAGUAUCAUUGUCAUAGUAACGGCGUUUCAGCUUCGGAUGAAUUAUCUGGACACUAAAUAUCGUAGGAUCCCGUCGUUUCUGAAAAGUCUCGUGAUAGUUUGCAGGAAAUUGCAAUGUCAAAACAGAGUAUCUAGUGCAAACAACAACAAUCGACUCGGCGGUGAUGUGGUUUUGGAUGAAGAAGUACGGCCAAAGGAAGAACGGGAAAACGUGACGGUUCCAGAAAAUAUAACAUGGCAGGAAGUGACGUCAGCUAUUGAUUUUGUGUGUUUUUGGUUGUUUUUAGUAAUCAUUGUAGUUGCUUCAUGUUCAUUUUUUCUCCCGACAUAUUUUAAGAAUUCAUAA